AUGCCAUUUAGACUGCAAAGCAAUGGAUAUCCACAUUCAGAUUCCAAUGGCAGUACUUCAGGAAAUCUACCUCAAAGUAUUCAACAUGGAAACGAACUUCCGUUCAUCAGUUCUUCUAAUCCAGUCAUGUCCCUGGUUGCAUUCUUGGCCUCUGCAAUUGGACCAAGAAUUGCAGCAUCAUGCGCAAGUGCAGCAUUAUCUGCGUUGACAAGAGAUGAUGAUCCCAGGGUGAUUCCUGAAAGAAUGCAUACUGAUGAUGGGGCCCAUGGUGCGCAUCCAAACUUUUGUGGCCAUAAUGGUGCUUCAUCGUCCAUUUCUCUAGAAAAUGCGAAGCAUGCCACCCUGUGUGGUUUGUCGGCAGCGGCAAUUAAGUCUAAACUCUUUGCGGAUCAGGAGGAACGUGAAAUCCAAAGGCUAGUUGCUACCGUGAUAAAUCAUCAGUUGAAGAGGCUGGAGUUAAAGUUGAAGCAGUUUGCUGAAGUUGAGACCUUGCUUUUGAAGGAAUGCGAGCAAGUGGAUAGAGCGAGACAGAGGAUUUCAGCUGGCCGUAUCCAGGCGAUGCGAGCCUGCUCAAAUCGCCCGGAAACUAGUUUGCCCACCAGUGGCUGUAGCACUAUGUCACCCAAUCCAACGAAUAUAAGCCCUAGACCGUUGGCCAUGCCACGCUCCAUGGCUGAAGCCACGGUACCAGCGGCAUACGCUAAUAACAUGCAGGGGCAGGGGCAUGGGCAUGUGCAUGUGCAUCCACAGAUGCCGUCCGUGCAGCGGCGGCCACGGAUGCUCUCGUUUGGGCCUCGCUCACCGUUUUCGGCUAUCCAGACUCAGCAAGCUGCACAGGCGCCGAACAUUAUGUUCAGUGCUGGUGCAAUGCCCGGUUCGGUAACUCCAAAUCACCAUCAUCAGCUGUUGAGGUAG